AUGGCGGAAUUUUCCGACUUUACUAAAGAUGAUGGAUACCCAUACUUGGCCGUAUCCCAGGAGGAGAAGAUCAGCUACACCGCGAAGCCGUUCGACUCCAAGAAGAACUGUUGGAUCCCCGAUGAGGAGGACGGUGAGUUAACAUGGCUUUUAGAACAUAACAUUAGAUUUAAACUGAAAAAAUGUGGCAAUAUUAACACUAAAAUUCUGUUUUUACACAAAAAUUAAAAAAUUAGGGUAUAAUUAGAUGUUUUUGUAGAUUGAGGGACCAUAGCGGCUCGAAUUAAGUGUAAAACAACAAAAUAUUGCCUUUGAAAAGUUAAGCCAUCUUUUCUGAACAUUACUACAAUGAUUUCUAUGAAAAAAACACUAAAAAUUUGGGGCAAAACAUCAAUUUUCCUCAUGGUUAAUAUAGGGACUGGCUUAAUCUUUCGAAUUUUAAAGUUUUAUAAAUUUUGUUGCUUCAAUAUUGUAAAAUACGAAUCAAAGAAGUAGCGGAAUCGUAAUACGCACAUUUUAACACCAUAAUCUCAGAUUUUUAUUGUUUAUUGGUUUUGAGCAAAAAAUUUUGCUGCGCUUCCAAUGUUAUUCAUGGUAUUGGUCAAACUUUUAAUGUGUUUGGCGUUAAUUAUGACUCGUUGUAAAAUAUGGUUUUAUUUGGUGGAUAAUCUAAUUGUGAUUGUUUUGAUACCAAGGUCUUACAUUUUAUUGCAUUAGACAGCACGUUUGCUUCAAAAGUUUAGCUUUGUUCCAAAUAUUGUCCAUGGUAUCGGUCAAAUUCUGAUGUUUCUUGGCUUUUAACCAUAAGACAUGUUGUAAAAUAUGGAUACAUUUGCUUCGUCAUUAAAUUUCGAUCAUUUCGAUGCCAAAACCGCAUGUUUUUGUAAACUUUUCACGCACCUUUGACCCAAAACCAUCACCUCCACUCGGGCCGAUAUUAUUUACGAUUCGGGGCGAAGCGUGGGAGGCCGAAAUGUUUCUGCCGGCUGAAAUAAAUAGAACAACUGUGCCAAGUCACCUUGCUUCCGCGAAACUUUUGACGCCUGUUCCUGAUCUGUUUCUGCUCCAAUCUUCAAAGAACAACAGGCCUUCGGGGCCGGAUAAAAACGGCCAGGUGCUGCUCUCGACCCGCACUUUUGAUGGUUGGAUAUUAAUGGGCUUUCAGGAUUAAAAUGCAUUAAAACAGAAUCGGCACAAGAAGCUGAAGAAUUUCGGAUUAGGAAGAGCGUUGAGAAGGCUAUAAUAACAUUAUUUUUUAAAAGAAACAGUUUAAAAAUUAGAUUUGGUUCAAUAACCAAGGAUACUAUUGUGUUAGGUAGCAGAAAAAGGUAUUACAAGUAAGAAAUCAAUCAAAACACAUCAAAAUGCAGUAAAAACUCUAGCAAAACAUAGAAGAACAAUAUGAAGCUUCUUAUAAAGUCAGAAUUUCUUUCAGAAGUAAAGAAUCUCCAAGAAAAUCAGGGUUUCAUUGCUUGUCAGUUUUUUGUGGCAUUCUGUUGCAAACGAAAAUUCUUUUAUUUUUCCUUGAAAUUUUAUAAAAUUUAAUAUUGCCAAGAUUUUUCGAAGAUACUCAUGUAAGUUUUUUUGGGUAAAAUACGUUUCUUCACUUUGUAAAGUUGAAUUUUAACCUAAAAUGUUAAAACUUGAAUUUUGGUUGAAUUUUGAGUGUUUUGAAGUAUAACAUGGCAAUAUCGUUCUAGAAAAUUUAUAAAAUUUAAAUUUAGAGACGUCAGGAAACUUGAAAAUUAAAUUUAAUGAUUAUAUAUGAUCAGUAAAAUUAUUUAUUACCUAAACUUCAAUAAAUAUUUUGUUACUUAAAAUUUUGAAAGUUUUUUUGUUAUUUAAAAUUCAAAAACAUAUUUCUUGCUACUUAAAGUUACGGAAAAAGUGUUUUGUUACCUAAAAUUAACAAGCUAUUUUUUGUUACCUAAAAUUUGUAUCUUGAAGGAAUUUUAGGCGAUUCUUGAAAACAAUAAAAUAUUAAGUUAAGUUAUCAAAAAAGUUGAAAAUUUCAAAUUUUAAUCCCAAAUUUUGCAGGUUUCGUUCGUGCCGAAAUCAAGUCAUCGACUGGCGACUCUGUGACCGUCGUCACCGAGAAGGGUAAUGAAGUUACCGUGAAGAAGGAGGAAGCUCAGGAGAUGAACCCUCCCAAGUUCACCAAGACCGAAGACAUGGCCAACUUGACCUUCUUGAACGAGGCUUCCGUGUUGACCAACUUGAAGGACCGUUACUCGGCCAUGAUGAUCUACACCUACUCCGGUCUUUUCUGUGUGGUAAUCAACCCAUACAAGAGAUUGCCCAUCUACACCGAGAGUGUCAUCAAGCACUACAUGGGCAAGAGACGUAACGAAAUGCCACCCCAUUUGUUCGCCGUCUCUGAUGAGGCCUACCGUAACAUGGUAUGUUUUGCUGUUUUUAAGGUUUUGAUGACCCAUGUUUCAUCGUAUAACUUGUCACAUAGAAAAAUUUUUUAAAAAAUUUCAAGAAACUUUGAAAUUUUAUGAACAUUCUUUCCAGGUACAAGACCGUGAGAACCAGUCCAUGUUGAUUACCGGUGAAUCCGGUGCCGGUAAGACUGAGAACACCAAGAAGGUAAUCUCGUACUUCGCCAUUGUUGGUGCCACUCAACAAUCCAAGUCCGAGGAAGGCAAGAAGGGAGGUACCCUCGAAGAACAGAUCGUACAAACCAACCCCGUAUUGGAGGCCUUCGGUAACGCCAAGACCGUGCGUAACAACAACUCCUCCCGUUUCGGUAAAUUCAUCCGAACCCACUUCUCGGGCUCCGGAAAGCUGGCUGGUGGUGACAUUGAGCACUGUAAGUUGAAUUGCUGUACUUUGGGGAAGGUUUGUUGCGAUUUUUGGUCGUUUUGAGGGAUUUUAGGCUUUUUUUUGAUCGAAAAUCAAAAAAAUUUUUUUUUUGAAAAAAGUUGAAAUCUAAAAAUUUAAAAUUUAAAAAAUCAUAACUUUCCCAAUUCCAGACCUGUUGGAGAAGUCUCGUGUCGUACGUCAAGCUCCAGGAGAGCGUGCCUACCACAUCUUCUACCAAAUCAACUCCGGCUUCAACCCCAACCUUCGUGCUCAACUCAACUUGACCAACGACAUCAAGUACUACCACUUCUGUUCGCAGGCCGAGUUGACCAUCGAAGGUGUGGACGAUAAGGAGGAGAUGGGUCUGACCCAAGAAGCCUUCGACAUCAUGGGCUUCGAAGACACCGAGACCGCCGACUUGUACAAGUGUGUGGCCGGUAUCAUGCACAUGGGUGAGAUGAAGUUCAAGCAACGUCCUCGCGAGGAACAGGCCGAAGUUGACACUGAUGACGACGCCAAGAACGCUUGUCACUGCUUCAACAUUGACCACGAAGCCUUCCUGAAGGCUUUGACCAAGCCCCGUGUACGUGUCGGUACUGAGUGGGUGAACAAGGGUCAGAACCUGGAACAGGUCUCAUGGGCCGUCUCCGGUUUGGCCAAGGCCAUCUACGCUCGUAUGUUCGCCUGGUUGAUCCGUCGUUGUAACAAGACCCUGGAUGCCAAGGCCAUCGAACGUAAAUUCUUCAUCGGUGUACUUGAUAUCGCCGGUUUCGAAAUCUUCGAUGUAAGUUUGGAUUUUGUUACCUAAAUAUCCAAAAACAGAUUUUUUAAUGCAUGAAACGCCAAAAUUUAUGAUUUUUGUUACCUAAAAUACCAAAAAAUAUGAUUUUAACAAAAAUAACAUAAGUUUUAUAUUUUGUUACCUAAAUUAUUAAAAUGUUGAUUUAAGAUGAAAAAAUUUAUAAAAUUGAAAUUUUGUUACCUAAAAUAACAUAAAACUCAUUUGAAUUCUAAAAAAUACAUAAAAUUGACGUUUUGUUACCUAAAACAACGUUUUUUCAAAUAUUUCUUGAAAAUUUCUAUAUAACCUUCUAACUUCUGCCAUUCCAGUUGAACUCCUUCGAACAGUUGUGGAUUAACUUCGUAAACGAACGUCUGCAACAAUUCUUCAACCACCACAUGUUCGUGUUGGAACAGGAAGAGUACAAGCGUGAAGGCAUCCAAUGGACCUUCAUCGAUUUCGGUCUCGAUUUGCAAGCCUGUAUCGAGCUGAUCGAGAAGCCUUUGGGUAUCAUCUCCAUGCUGGAUGAAGAAUGUAUCGUCCCCAAGGCUACCGACAUGACCUACGUCCAGAAGUUGUUGGAUCAACACUUGGGCAAACACCCCAACUUCCAGAAGCCCAAGCCACCAAAGGGCAAACAGGCCGAGGCCCACUUUGCCAUCGUCCACUACGCCGGAACUGUCAGAUACAACUCCAACAACUUCCUCGAGAAGAACAAGGAUCCUCUGAACGACUCGGCCGUCGCCAUCCUCAAGACCUCCCAAGGCAACCAGCUCUUGUUGGACAUCUUCUCUGACUACAUCACUCAGGAAGAAGCCGCCGAACUCGCCAAGACUGGUGCUGGUGGCGGAAAGAAGAAGGGAAAAUCUUCCUCCUUCAUGACCGUCUCCAUGAUGUACCGUGAGUCCUUGAACAACCUCAUGACCAUGUUGUACACCACCCACCCCCACUUCAUCCGUUGUAUCAUCCCCAACGAGAAGAAGACCUCCGGCCUGAUCGACUCGGCCUUGGUACUCAACCAGCUGACCUGUAACGGUGUGUUGGAAGGUAUCCGUAUCUGUCGUAAGGGUUUCCCCAACAGAAUGCUCUACGCCGACUUCAAGCAACGUUACAGUAUCCUGGCCGCCGAUGCCGCCAAGAACGGCGACGAGAAGGCCGCCUCCAAGGGCAUCACCGACGUUCUCUGCAACGAGAACAACUUGACCGACGAAGAGUUCAAGUUGGGUCAGACCAAAGUCUUCUUCAAGGCCGGUAUCCUGGCCAGACUCGAGGACUUGCGUGACGAAAAGCUCGGCAAGAUCAUCACUGCCUUCCAGCAAUACGUCCGCUGGUACCUGGCCCAAACCGACGUCAAGAGACGUAUCCAACAACGUGCCGGACUCCUCAUCCUUCAACGCAACAUCCGCUCCUGGUGCACUCUCCGCACCUGGGACUGGUUCAAGCUGUACGGUAAGGUGAAGCCUUUGUUGAAGGCCGGCAAGGAAACCGAAGAGCUCGCCAACCUCCAGGACAAGAUCAAGGAGUUGGAGGAGAACCUGAAGAAGGAGGAGGGCAACCGCCAACAACUCGAGGGCGAAGUCGCCAAGCUCGUCGAGGAGAAGAACAAGAUCUUCCUCGAUCUCGAGAAGGAGAAGGGUGUCGCUGCCGAGAACGAGGAACGCGCCAACAAACUCGAGUCCAUCAAGAAGGACCUCGACCGUCAGUUGGGCGAGCUCCAAGAUCAACUCGGCGACCUCGAGGACCGCAACUCCGACCUGAACCGCCAAAAGAAGAAGGCCGAGCAGGACAUCGAAAACUUCAAGAAGAACGUCCAAGACCUCGAACUGUCGUUGAGAAAAGCCGAAAGCGAGAAGCAAGCUCGCGAACACAACAUCCGCUCACUUCAGGAUGAGAUGGCCCAACAAGACGAAAGCGUCGCCAAGUUGAACAAGGAGAAGAAACACCAAGAGGAGGUAAAUUUGGUCUAAUAUUUUGUGAAAAAAAUGAAAAUUUAGUCAUUUUGUUACCUAAAAUAACACAAAAAGGAUAGCUGGUGACUUAAACGAUAGCAAUAACUAAAAAAUAUUAUUUUAGAUCAACCGUAAGCUCCAAGAGGACCUCCAGGCCGAAGAAGACAAGGUCAACCACGUGAACAAGCUCAAGGCCAAGCUCGAACAACAACUCGACGAUCUUGAGGACAACGUUGAACGUGAGAAGCGCUCUCGUCAAGAACUCGAGAAGGCCAAGAGAAAGUCCGAAGGUGAACUCAAGGUCGCCCAGGAGAACAUUGACGAGCUGAACAAGCAGAAGCACGACAUCGAAGUCAACUUGAACCGCAAGGAACAAGAACUCCAUGCCGUCUCCUCCAAGCUAGAAGACGAACAAUCCCUUGUAGCCAAGCUUCAGCGUCAAAUCAAGGAGCUCCAAUCCCGCAUCUCCGAGCUCGAGGAAGAGCUGGAGAACGAGCGUGGCAGCCGUUCCAAGUCCGACCGCACCCGUGCCGAGCUCCAACGUGAACUCGAGGAGUUGUCCGAGCGCUUGGACGAGGCUGGUGGAGCCACAGCCGCCCAAAUUGAGGUCAACAAGAAGCGUGAAGCCGAGUUGGCCAAACUUCGCCGUGACCUCGAGGAAUCCAACCUCAACCACGAGACUCAGCUCGGUGCCUUGAGAAAGAAGCACAACGACGCUGUCGCUGAACUUUCCGACCAACUUGAACAAGUCCAGAAACUCAAGGUCAAGAUCGAGAAGGACAAGCAACAAAUCCAACGCGAGUUGGAAGACGCCACUCAAGCUGCUGACGCCGAAUUGAGAGGCCGCCAAGAAGCCGAGAAGGUCAUCAAGAACUUGGAACUCCAACUCUCUGAGCUCCAGUCCAAAGCUGACGAACAAUCUCGCCAAUUGGCCGACUUCUCCUCCUUGAAGUCUCGCCUCCAACACGAGAACUCUGACCUGUCCAACCAAGUCGAAGACCUCGAGAACCAAUUGAACGGCCUCCACCGUCUCAAGUCCCAAUUGGCCUCCCAAUUGGACGAAGCCAAGCGUACCGCCGACGAAGAAUCCCGCGAACGCCAGGCUUUGGCCGGACAAUACAAGAACGCUCAGCACGAGAACGACUCGCUCCGCGAACAACUCGACGAGGAACAGGAAGGAAAGGCCGAGGCUUUGCGCCAAAUCAGCAAACUCAACGCCGAAAUCCAACAAUGGAAGGCCCGCUUCGAAGGCGAAGGCCUCGUCCGCCUCGAAGAGAUCGAGGAGGCCAAGAGGAAGCUCCAACAGAAGGUCCAAGACCUCACUGACGCCAACGAAGCCGCCAACACCAAGAUCGUCUCGUUGGAGAAGACCCGUCACAAGCUCAUGGGAGACUUGGACGACGCCCAAGUCGAUGUCGAACGUGCCGCCGCCUACGCCGCCGCCCUGGAGAAGAAGCAGAAGGGCUUCGACAAGAUCAUCGACGAAUGGAGAAAGAAGAACGACGACUUGUCCGCCGAGCUUGACGCCGCCCAACGCGACGCCCGCAACCUCGCCACCGACCUCUUCAAGGCCAAGACCGUCCAAGACGAGCUGGCCGAGGCCCUGGAAGGUACUCGCCGCGAGAACAAGAGCUUGGCCCAAGAGAUCAAGGACCUCACCGACCAACUCAGCGAAGGCGGUCGCUCCGUCCACGAACUCCAAAAGAUUGUCCGUCGUUUGGAGGUCGAGAAGGAGGAGAUCCAACACGCUUUGGACGAAGCCGAAGCCGCCCUCGAAGCCGAAGAAUCCAAGGUUCUCCGCGCCCAAGUCGAAGUCUCUCAGAUCCGUUCCGAAAUCGAGAAGCGCAUCCAAGAGAAGGAGGAAGAGUUCGAGAACACUCGCAAGAACCACCAACGUGCCCUCGAAUCCAUGCAAGCCACCCUCGAAGCCGAAUCCAAGGGCAAACAAGAAGCCCUUCGCAUCAAGAAGAAGCUCGAACAAGACGUCAACGAACUCGAAAUCGCUCUCGACCACGCCAACAAGGCCUACGCCGACGCCCAGAAGACCAUCAAGAAGCACCAAGACCAAAUCCGCGAGCUCCAACUCCAAGUCGAGGAAGAGCAACGCCUCCGCGACGACAUCCGCGAACAAUUCCUCAACUCCGAGAAGCGCAACGCCAUCCUCCAAUCCGAGAAGGAAGAGCUGUUGGUGCAAGCCGAAGCCGCCGAACGUGCCCGCCGUGCCGCCGAAGCCGACCUCAUCGAGUUGCGCGAGGCCGUCAACGACCUCUCCACCCAAGUCAACAGCUUGGCCGGCAUCAAGCGCAAGUUGGAAGGAGAACUCCAAGCCUUGCACGCCGAGUUGGACGAAGCCCUCACCGAGUUGCGCAACGCCGACGAGUUGGCCAAGAAGGCCUCCGCCGACGCCGCCCGCUUGGCCGAAGAACUGCGUCAAGAACAAGAACACUCACAGCACGUCGACCGUCUCCGCAAGGGACUCGAGCUCCAGAUCAAGGAGAUGCAAGUCCGCUUGGACGAGGCCGAAGCCGCCGCCCUCAAGGGAGGCAAGCGCAUCAUUGCCAAACUCGAGGAGAGAAUCCGUGCCUUGGAACAGGAAUUGGACGGAGAACAACGCCGCCACCAAGACACCGACAAGAACUUCCGUCGUGCCGAACGCCGCGUCAAGGAGCUCGACUUCCAAGUCGAAGAGGAUAAGAAGAACGCCGAACGUCUCACCGACCUCAUCGACAAACUCCAGUCGAAACUUAAGGUCUACAAACGUCAAGUUGAGGAAGCUGUAAGUUUAAAAUUUGAAAUUUGACAAUAUGGUACCAAAAUUGAAUUUUAGAGCCAAAAUUAAAAGUUGGUACUAGAAAUGAAUUUUUGAUCCUAAAAAUAAAUUUUGGAACUAAAAAUUGAUUUUUGGUACUAAAAAUGAGUUUUGGUACUAAAAGAUAAUUUUGGUACUAAAAAUUGAUUUUUGGUAUUAAAAUGAAUUUUGGUACUCAAAAUGUCGAAAAAAUGAAAAUUCGAUGUUUCAAACACUAAAAAACCUCCUAAAAUAACAUAAAACACUAUAAAAUACACCUAUACCACAAAAAUACCUAAACAAUCCAAAUACAGGAGGAAGUUGCCGCCACCAACCUCGGCAAGUACCGCCAACUCCAAGCCCAACUCGACGAGGCCGAAGAGCGCGCCGAUUUGGCCGAGAACUCGUUGUCCAAGCUCCGCGCCAAGAACCGCUCCACCGCCUCGAUCGCCCCAGCCGGUGGCCUGGCCACUUCCGCUUCGGCCGCCGUGUUGCGUUCGUCUUCUCGCAACUUUGACUUCUAA